UCAACUAAAAAAAGAGAUCUCCGAUAAAGAAAAGCAGAUUGAAAAGAAUAAUAAAGAAUUAGAAAAAGUUUUUGAUGAUAUUGGCAAACUUCCUAAUUUAACCGAGGAACAACUUAUUUCUAAGUCUAAUGCUCCGGAUUUAGGGGCUUGGAAAAAUUGA